CACCCCAUUUUUAGAAAAGAAUUGAUGUCGUUUGCUGUAAAGAUGGAUGGAACACAUAGUAAAGAGGUAUCAACGAGAACAAAAUAUGACAAACUUCAUGGUUUUUUAAAAUCCUUUGGAUACGAUACUGAUGCUAUCAUACAAGAUAUCAAAGCUGCUACAAGUGAACUAACUGACGAUGACGUUGUAAUAGUUGAUGUGCUAUGUAACUCAAUGGAAGGUCUUCAGAAAAGAAGUGGAAAGAGUUCCAUCAUAGAAGCUAUAAAAGUAAUGGGGUGUGUCUCUUCAGCAAAUAUCAUUAAUGUCAAGGCUGGUUUAACGACAAAGGUAAUGAUUUUGGUGGUUUAUGUUCUCAAGGUCAUUUUCCGCAUUGUUGAUCUCAAAGAAUUACUGGAUCCAAAAUGUACAUUCAUACAUAUCACUGUCCAUGAGUUCUCCGGCCUUGCAGAGAAAAUUGCAAAAAAAGAGAUCUUAAUUGAUGCCGUAGAGAUGAAAGAAAACGUCGAUGAACCUUCACUGCACAGCUUAAUUUCAAAUUUUGACAUACAUAUUGGAGUAGACCUAAUAGGGAAUCUAAAAAGUCGGAUCAAAAGCAUGAUGUCUGAAGGACAGGAUAUGCAAACAUGUCUCCAUUUUUUGACAUUGUUUGUAAGAUUAUCUACGUUACGACAUGCUCUAUUAUUUAGAUUUAAAACUUGUUUGGAGGUAAAUAACUACAGUUCAAGCACAAGUGAUACCUUGAAAACAUAUAUCGAUCAAGAGAGAGCAGAUAGCGAAGAGUUUUUGAGAUUUUUUUCACUCCCAUCUCUAGAAAACGUCUACGUUCUAGCAGUAUUUGACCCAGCAGAGGAAAUAGAACUUGCAACAUACCUUGAAGAUCUUCGUCUUCCACUACAAAAUUUACAAAAAGUGUUAGAUGGAAAAAUCUUUAAUAUCCAGCCAUACAAGAAUCCAUCAAUUCUUCUAGGAAGAAAUUUUCCGUCGUUUGGUGCAGCAAGAGCGAUGAAAAGUUCAACAGAUGUUGAUAAUGUUCGAAUCCAAUUCGAAUUUGAAGCUGUAGAAAAGUCAUUUAAUCUUUUUUACAUUAAAUCCCCGGAUUUAAAAGAAUACCUCUACAUGACAACCACACUUUAUUGUGAUUAUUCUAAAAAUUACAAAGGUCAAACAGGUGCUCAGUGGCGGGUAAUUCAAGUCAAAGACACCAAAGGAAGAGAAGAUGACCCAUCUUUGUUUGUUCUAUGUACAAGGAAACAGCCACGAAAUUUUUUGUACAUUCAAGCAGCCGUUCUUAUUGAUUUUGCCAGGGGUUUAGGAGACAAACGUGAGCCACCUGGGACAGAAUGUUUAUUUCAACUGAUUCCACCCGGAAAAUCUCCGAUCAGCAUCCAUCUUCCAAGUCAAGGACAUCUUAGAGAAUCUUUCAAACUGUAACUUAAAAAGAUUUAUCAAAGAUCUAAAGAAACCAAUGCCUACAACAAUGAUUAGAAACUAAAGUCAGCGGGUGUUGUCUAAUUACUUGCGCUUUCAUGGAAAUGUAUUUAUUGAAAAUUGAAGACGUGAAUGGAGCCUCUUUUUUAAAAUCCAGCAAGUUAUAAAAAGGUUAUGAAAGUUUUGCAGUGAUUUGUUUAGUUAUCAUAUAAAUUUCAUGAAAUAUUAUAAUAUUGAGUAUAUACCUAAUUAUGCAGAAGAAAUUACAUUUGGUUUACUGUAAAAUUUGAUAUCAUAAUUAUUAAAUAUAUUGUUAUCAAGUUAUAGCCAAUGGAUGAAAAUUUAAAAAAAAACAAAACCUUAUACGUGUGGUGUAUGGUUGUUUAUCAACGGGUGAUACUUUGUCAGAUAUUUUCGGUAACAAGUAUAUUUGUCACAACUCCUUGUUUCCGCACUUCAGUGCACUAGUUUUUAAAGAUUUACAUGUGUAUUUUCUUCUAGUUUUUGCUACGAAAAUGUGAAAAUGAUUUCAUCGAAGAUUUAAAUUUAGAAAUUUAAAAAUAAAGAAAAACACAUAGGUAUGUAGUAGACAAAACUGCAAAUCUUGGUAGCUAUCAAGUCUCCUACUGACAAAAACAGAAUGCUAUGUCGUGUUUCUAUAGAUCAGAACUUACCGAAAUAAAAAAAAAAUCUCGCACAUCUCUAUUCCACCACCUUAAUCAAUGUUUAUAACUUCGAAUCAAUUGUAAUUGUUUCAUCAACAUAAACAACUGUUUCUCGUUGAAGUCAGUUCAAACUAACAAGCAUCGGAAAUUUUGUGCAUGUCAACAAACGUAACUUUUCACUAUUUCCAUUUUAGUUAUUAAGUUUUAAAAAAACUUAAUAAUUACAUAUUUACAAAAAUCAUUUCUAUUUAAGUGAUACUUUACAAAAAGCCAGCGAUAUUCAUCUCCGAAAAACGUACUAAAUUGUAUCGUCCAAAGUCUACAUGUAAAUAACCGCAUUUCACAACGUUGCAUUAUCGAAUAGGUAAAAAAAGAUAUGGUGUAACUGUAGGAUUUAUGUAAAACAAACCGUAUAAUAUAGAUGGGACAUCUUAGGUGUGUGAUUUUAUAUUUGCUUUACCCAAAUCGUUUUAUUCGUUCGGCAAGCCUCGCUUAUAAAGCAAAUAUAAAAUCACACAAUAUUGAUAUCCUUUAUAUGAAAGUGUGCCCUUUUAAAUUAUAUUUUUGUACUGAAUACGUAUGUCUGUUUUGCUUAAAUAUUUGUUCAUUUACAUCUUUUGCAAUGCUCAAUAAACUUCAUUUCUGCUUCAAUGUCAGCAUAACGAAUGUGGUUAAUUUUUUACAAUAGUUGUGGCAUAUCUCUGCACACCAUGAUCAUAAAUGUCUGUACAUUUUUAU